GAGUUUUGUUCAGCUCGGUGCCAGCUUUCGCAGUUACACGGUUUUCACAUUUCAGCACAUAGUUUGAUUAACUAUUCAAGCACAUUAGAUUGCGGAAAUACAAUCCACAUAUGAAGAAGAUGUCUGAAAAAGAAAGGGACACUGUGAGAGAUUUGAAACAUUAGCGAAAGGGGGAUCCCUAGGACUAUGUCAAAAUGAAGGGGGAGGUGGUCGCUCUUGCCAGGCGACAUGUCAGGUUUACUACGACAGCUGGUCUGUUGCUGGUCGCCUCUGUCUGCCUGUACAGGUAUAUACACUGGAUGAUCAUCCCCUGGUGCUUUAUAGCAGGAAUUAUACCAAUGUAUUUUAUACUGAGCCCUGGUGCUCUGCUGCCAAAUUUGAUGUAUUUUCACACAAGGAAAAAGAAAGAGCCAGAGGUGAUAAAAAUGCACAAGGCAUGUCCAGUUUGUGGUGAGGACACAUGUGAAAGACACAGGCCAGAGUUAAAUAUAGUAGUUAACCAGCCAUGGACAGAGCUCAAAAUACCACGCAAAGUGGACAGUGCAAUAGAACAGUUUCUAAAUUUGGUGUUGGAGAAUUUUGUAUAUACAUGGUACAGGGAUUUGAGUCAAGAUGAAGCAUUUGUGGAUGAACUACGAACCAGCCUCCGAUUCAUAGUUGCAGUAUUUUUAAGGAGGUUAAAAAAGGUUGAUUUACCUUCCAUUAUAACAGACAAACUUAUUAAGGCAGGGAUGAGGCAUCUUCAGAUUUGUAUGGCAGUAAAAGACACUGGUCUUGCAAAAGAUGAUGGAUCAUUUCAAAGAGCUGUGCUCAGUUAUUAUGGCCCCUAUCUCCACUGUGCCAUGGUCAGCAGAAACCAGGAGUUACAAUAUCUCAGAAAAGUAACAGAGAACCUGUUUCCUCAUAUUCUGUCGGAGAGGGCUUUGCAGAGCAAAAGCCUAUGUUCAUUACUGCGAGAGGUCUUAGCAGGUUCUGUAUUGCUACCAGGAAUGGAUAAAAUAGCAGAGCCGGAUUUUGUCAACAACCUUUUGUUGGUGUUUGUGGACCCCGAGCCUCCGCCUGAAAACCCAGACCUACCCACUGAUCUCGUCUGUAUUCUAGCCAACUUCAGCAAAGUAAAAAGUAAAAACCAGUCAGCACUACGACCUGAGCUGAAGGAAAUUUUAGACAAUACUGAAUUAUUAUUUCCCUUUAUGCAGUUCCUCAAGGCAGAGGGUGCUGUAAAUGUACUACAGUUUUAUUUUGCUCUUGAGGAUUUUAACAAAAAAUUGAUUAGGCCAGAGCUGAGUGAUGCAGAUGUAUGUCUUCUACACAAGGAUAUUUUACAUAUAUACAACAGCUAUUGUGCAGAGGGGGCCUUUGAUAAAAUACAGCUAGCCCCAGAUAUUGUCAGCGAGAUUAAAGAAGUUGUUGAAAGUCCACCAGAUCAAGUGAAAAGAUUACAACGGUCAAGCUCCAUGUUCAGGGCCUUUGAUCAUGCCUAUGAUUUAUUAGAAGAAACAUUCCUUCCAUUAUUUUUGCAGAGCAAUGAUUAUUAUACUUCACUAUGUGGUGAGAGGUUGCAGAAUAAGUUACAGCGCAGCAACAAUCGUCAGUCAAAGAGAAAACAGGAGUUUCUGGGCAAGUUUGGUCACAGGCUAAAGGGUGUCUUUAAGAAUGAUACAAGGCACCCAGUUAAACUACAAGUUGAUGGAAAGAUGCCAGACGAAAUGCAAGUAGCAGAAUCAGUGGAUGAAGUUGACCCUGUUUUGGCUGCAGGAGAUGAGGAAGGUCUUGACAUUCCAGACAGUUAUGUCGACUACCAGUUAGAGUUGGAUGGUGGUGCCGCCGUUAGAGAUCUCAGUGCAUGGAGGGUCACAAUCCCCUCUGUAGCUGUGAUCCCUGAUUCUGAAAACUCCAAGAAACAGAGUCACGCCUUCAAAAUUCAUAUCAAUAGGAUUGACAUACCGGAUGGUGGUCAAGAUACGUCCAGUUGGUCAGUUUAUAGAAAGUACAAUGACUUCUAUAUGCUGGAACAGAAACUAAGAGAAUUCCAUGGAGUCAAUCUGAAAGCUCAGCUUCCUCAGAAGAAGUCCUUUGGGCUAAAAGGGUUGGAGUAUUUGGAUAGCAAGAGACAAUCAUUUGAGGAAUAUGUGCAGGAGUUACUACAGUCUCCUCAUUUAAAGGGAAGUGAACUCCUGUGCAACUUCUUGGAAUCAAAAGGCAGCUUCAAAAGCCAAAAUGAUUUAAGUAUAGGAAAAGUAUUCAAGUCUGUUCCUAUGAAGUUGACCAUUGAGAGGGGACAGCACUUGGAUCCUUUUCUCCAGUCUCUGUAUGCAUCCACAGAAGCACCCAAACCAAAACCAUCCAGUGUGCCAACUGAUCCUGAGACUGCGUCUGUUACUUCAAUAUCCAGUGAAAGGCUGUCAAAUCCAUUGUAUGAAAACAAUGCAAACCUCACUACAGUUGAAGACUUGGAGUGUCUUGAUCAAAGUAUUAUGGAGGAUGCUGGGGCAGAGGUGACGGGAGUAUUCGACUCCAUUCUUUAUGUUGCCAAGUAUGUGUACCAUGCCCCAGAGUGGUUCCAUCAUGUUCUCAUCACAGCCAGAAUUCUGGGGAAGAAUUCCCUGGAGACCUUUGUAGACUGGUUCAUUGGAAAGAAACUGUGGCAGGUCUCACAGGAGCACCGUAUAGAAAGUCUUGUUCACUUACUGCAGGAUGCUCUCUUUUUCGAUAAUGAUCCACCUAGAACUGAUGAGCAGAAGGCAGAAAGAAGAGAUCAGGCACUUAAGGAGCUCAAUGAAUUCUUCCCAGAGUUUUUAAAGAAGGCGGUUGGAUCUGAAAAUUUUCAUCAUGGCACCUAUACAAUAUUUCAUAUAUUACAGCAGCCAUUACUAAAUAAACAGCUGUCAUAUGUGAUGUUAGACAUUGUGUUACAAGAAUUGUUCCCAGAAAUUGAGAAAGCUGAAGACUUUGAACAAUGACUGUGAUAAUCAUUCAACGGCCACAUCAAUUUUAUCAUCUUCAUAAACAGUCUGGGGGAUGGAUAGGAAAUCAUUUUGAAUGGUUUUAAAGCACUAAAUGGCAUUUUUAAUCAUCAGAAAUAAUCAUUUUCAUGUGUUGAAUAGUCUUGUAACAUCUCAGAUGCAUUUGUGCUAUAUCUCAGUAUAAAUGCAUGGUGGAAAUAUGUUUAGGCAAUCAUAGUGUAGGGUCCAAGUAAAUCCAAGAGUAUUUUGUAUUUUACAAAGAAAAAUCAUUUGACAAUAAUACAAUUAUUACACAUAUUUUAGGGAGGAAACACCACUCUGUAUUUGAAAACCUAUUUCUGUGAAGUGCCAUGAAAAAAGUGAGGAAUAAUUUCAAGUGAUAGCUCUGGCAUAUUUGAGUAAUAGGUACUGCUGGUUGGAUUGGCAGGACCUUUCAACAUGGGAGUAGUACUUAUUAAUUAAAAAACAUGGAGCUUUCUUUCUGCUAUAUUUAUAAAUAUAAGCACUUAUUAUGUUUUCUUUUAUCAAUUUGACAGUGUUGCAUUGGCCUUUGUGCUAUCUUUGAUGGUUUGUGUUUUGUUUUUCAUUAAUGUGGACUUAAGCAUGAAAACAAAAAUUCCUGUUAAGUUUGUGAACGUGUGCUACAUACUAAUAGACCUUUUGGUGUUGUUAUCGUUAUCUUCAUUUAUGAAAAGACUUGGAAGCAGCUGUUGGAGUGUGCAUACUAUAUCCUAGAGGUUGUUGUCUCCUGUUGAAAAUUUAAGACGGGGCAUUCUCAGCAUUCUGACAUAUACUACACGUGUUGCACCUGAUCUCAAGUGGGAAAAAAAUGAAAACUUUUUUUCAUAACCUAUUGCAAUGAAACAGUUAUCUCUAUAGGCCAAUUUAGAUAAUGCAAGAGGUAUCUAUAGCUUGUUGUCAUUGGUUAAUUCACUACAUGAUCACAAAAUGACCAUUAUCUGUACUUUCUACCUUAUAUUACAAUAUCUGAUGUAUGAAAAGUUGUUAAUGAUAAUUUCAUUUUUGUGUGUAUGUGUACUUCUGGUUUUCUCUACUUCUGUGAAAAUACUCACUAGAAAUAUGGCUGUUGUUUGCACCACUGUGUAAUUUUAAAUACGAUCUCGUCCGUGCAGCACAGUGCAUAAACUUUCAAUGUUGUAAUCAAUAUUUUUCUAGUGGGAAGUCUUUCAAAUGAGAAACAAACACAGAGAAUAGGAUCUACCUGAUGUAAAUAGUCAGUUGCAUUGUUAUUUUGGCUUCAAAUGGUUGUUCCAAAGCUGUCUUAUCAUAGGUAUUUGCACUGCUGCCAUUAGUUUGUUUGCUGUGCAAAAUGUGAUAUGUUGCUACCUAGAGUUCAAGUAAAAGUUUUCAAGAAUUUCCCUACAGCAUCAGAAAUGUUGUGUAAUUAUAUUGAAUUCUAUUUUUGCUUUGCCUUAGUUUCAAUGGAUAAAAUUCUUAAAAUCCAAGGUUAAAUAUUUCUUGUUCUUCUAUUGCUGUAAGAUUUGGAAGGUCAGCUAUUUAUUGAAAAGGACUUACUAUGUGCAAUUUUUAAGUGUAUUCACAUCUUAAGACAUGGAAAUUAUAUAAAUCAUUGUUAUACAUAUUAUAAAACUAAAAACACCAAGCAUCAUCAGCAGAAUAAAGUAUGUAAAGAAAUAUUUCACAAGUGAAUACAUUGUACAGGUGGCCAUUUCAAAUGUAUUGAUGUUAGGUCAGAAUGUGAGUUCUCCACCUUCACCAAUAUUAGGGCACCGAUCUUUUUUCCUGGUCAACUCUACUAAAAUGCACCAUCUGGCCUGCAUGUAGGUGCAAGUCAAGUGUUAACUUUGGGUUAUUAUGAAGACUUUUCUGUAAAACCAAUCCUCCAGACGUAAGGACAUACUUGAUAAAUGGAAAAUAUUUAUUUCUGACACUUUAAAAUGAUUAAUGUUCAGAUGUAAGGCCUACACGUAAUAUCUAUUACUGCUUCUUGACGGUUGUGGUCCCACGUGGACAAAUGCGAUAAAUAUUGGAAGCAUCAGCAGAUAUUUAAUUUAUGACUUGGAUCACAAUUUCAACACAAGAUGUUGCAGACGUGAAGUCUGAGGUAUAUUAUGUACAUAUUGAUGUGUCAAAACCAGGUGAAAUAAACAUUGCAAGGAUCA